AGAGAGCACAAGAUAUAUAUCAGUUUCUUUCUUGCAAAAGUGCAUUUAGAAUUUCAUAUACUUUUCUCUGUUGGAUUUGAAAUACUUUAAAAGGAAGCAGUUCUGGGGAAUCUGUUAUAUUGAGAAUGACUGGGAUAAGAACCAUGGAUUCAGGAAAAUGCAGGGGAAUCAGAUGGCAAGUAGUAUUUUUCUUCUUAUUUCAUCUUUGUCAUUCUGUCUAUUGUCAGCUUCAUUAUUCCAUAGCUGAAGAAAUGAAGAAAGACUCUGUUAUAGCAAAUAUUGCCAAAGAUCUUGGGUUGGAUAUUAAGCAGCUCUCAUUUAGAAGAUUUCAUAUUACAUCACGUGUUUCAGAAAAAUAUUUUUAUAUCAAUUUAGAAAAUGGAAAUUUGUAUGUUAAGGAUAGGAUAGAUAGAGAGAUACUCUGUGGGAUGGCAAUUACCUGCUUCCUUACCUUUGAUGCAGUGGUUGCAAAUCCUUUGAAUGUGUUUAAAAUCAACAUAGAAAUCCAGGAUAUUAAUGAUAACUCCCCCAGAUUUUUUCAUGAAACCAUUAAAUUAGAAAUAAUUGAACUCAGUUUAACUGGAACAAGGUUUAUUUUACAAAAUGCAGAGGAUCCAGAUAUUGGCAUUAAUUCUGUACAAAAUUACAAGCUUGGUGAUAAUCAGCAUUUUUCACUAAGUGAAACAAUCAGAUCUGAUGGUAGUAAAUUCCCAGAACUUAUUUUAGAGAAACCCUUAGAUCGCGAGACCCAACAUAUUCAGGAAUUAAUUUUAACCGCUCUAGAUGGAGGAAACCCCAUCCGAUCUGGAACAGUUCCUAUAAGGAUUAUUGUUUCUGAUGCCAAUGAUAAUUUUCCUAUAUUUUCUCAAGAAGUAUACAGAGUGAUUGUGAGUGAAAAUACUCUCGUCAACUCUACUGUGCUUUUUAUAAAUGCAACCGAUGAAGAUGAAGGUAUCAAUGCACAGAUCACAUAUUCUUUUGGCAAAACAUCUGGAAAUGGUCUUCCAACACGUGCAUUUAAUGUGAAUCCUACAACUGGAGAAAUCAGAACUAAUAGGAAUUUAGACUUUGAGACAUCAAAGCAUUAUGAACUAUCUGUAGAAGCAACGGAUGGCGGUGGUCGUGUUGGCCAUUCCAAGGUAUUAAUUGAAGUAGUAGAUGAAAAUGACAAUGCGCCUGAGAUAUCUAUUGCCAUGCUAUCUACCCCUAUUCCUGAGGAUUCAGCACCUGACACAGUUGUAGCCCUAAUUGAAGUCCAUGAUCAUGACUCUGGAAAAAACGGAGAAGUUGACUGUCGAAUUGUAGAAAGUGUACCAUUUGAACUUUUGCUAUCAUCAGAAAGCUACUAUAGUAUUGUUAUCUCAACUUCCUUGGAUAGAGAGAAAAUAUCAAGUUACAACAUCACAAUUCUAGCCACUGAUAGAGGAUCACCUCCACUUACUAGUAAGAAAAUCAUCAGACUGGAUGUAUCAGAUAUUAAUGACAACCCGCCAGCUUUUCUAAAAACUAUUUAUCAUGCAUAUAUCCUGGAAAACAAUGUACCAGGAGCAUCAAUAUAUACUAUACAGGCCUAUGAUCUGGAUGCUGGAGACAAUGCAAAACUAAUUUAUUCAAUGUCCAAUAACUAUACUGAGGACUUUUCUGUAUCCUCUUACCUUUCCAUUAACAUAGAGACUGGAGUUAUCUAUGCUCAGCGGUCAUUUGAUUAUGAGCAGCACAAGGAGUUUCACAUCAAAAUAAAUGCUACAGACCGUGGCUUCCCACGUCUUAGUAGUAAUGCAACAUUAAUAAUCCAUAUUGUGGAUCAGAAUGAUAACGCACCAAAGAUUCUCUACCCAUCACCAGAAAGUAGUGGCUCAACAUUUUUUGAAGUUGUUCCUUUGGCCACAGAAGAAGGUUCUUUAAUAACUAAGGUGGUUGCUAUGGAUGCUGACUCCGGACACAAUGCUUGGCUCUCUUAUCAUUUCACACAAGUAUCAGAACCAUCUUUCUUUAGCAUCAGUCAACAUACUGGUGAAAUCAGGACAUCACGCUCUUUUCAGGAGAAAGAUAUGUUAAAACACAAACUAGUGGUUCUGGUAAAGGACAAUGGAAACCCCUCUCUCUCUGCAACAGCUACAUUGAGCUUCAUUGUUACAAAUAAUUUUCAGCAAAUAUUCCCCGCAAUCAAUAAUCCAAACAGUAAUGAGGAUUCUAAGUCUUAUUUGCAUAUGUUUCUGGUAAUUGCUCUGGUGCUGAUUUCCUUAUUUUUUGUUUUAACUAUCAUGUUAACACUUAUACCAAAAUGCAAAGAGCUAAAACGCUCUCCUGAAUUUGGGUCAAAUAUAUAUUCUCAAGUAGAUCCCAGAGUACUUUCCCAAUAUAACAAUGGAACUUUGCCUUUGCCAUACACAUACAAUGUUUGUGUGGCUCUGGACUCAAGUGAAAGUGAAUUUACUUUCCUAAAGCCAAAUCAAAAUGUCCCUGUAGAAAAUCUUAUCGAUGCUGAUGACUCUGGACUCGGAAACGAAGGUUUAAAAGAAAAUUCAGCUUUUAAUGAUCUUGUACAGGUGAGCUACUCUAACCUAUUUAAGUCAUUUGUAUAACUUUGUACAAAUAUACCUUUACAUUUUGCAUUAAGAUAUAUAGUACUUUCGCAUGUUAUACUUUUAAAAAGAAACAUAGAAGCUACAAUGUAAAUAGUAAAUUUGCCAUGCUAUGGAUUUUUAUGUAAACCAGGUAAUUUAGAAAGUUUUCCAAUGUCAGUUGAUAAUGACAACACAACAACACAACAAACAGGAACUAAAACUUAACCUUCAUUCCA